AUGUCGACUCCACAGAGCGCUCCCGUUGCCGGCGGCGCCAUCGGCGGCGGCGGCCAGAAACCGAAGCAGGGAGCUACGAGGACGGUGUCGACGAUGAUGGGGUCUUUGGACCCCCUGGUGGUGGCGGGGGUGGCGGUGUACGUGGCCACGGCCUACGCCUUCUGGGGAAUCUUCCGGGAAUACUUCGACUGGACUGAAUCGUUGGCCAUUUCAUUCAAGGAUGGCCUCCCCAGGCUCUCGGUCCUGGACCUGUUCGGGUCCAUCCUCACCUGCCAGGCGUACCGCGGCAUGGCCAAGUUUCCCAAGCACGCGGUGGAGACCCUGGUUGCGUGCUCGCUCAUGCAGUUCGGGGGAACGUUCUUGGUGGGGGUGCUGGUGCUCGGACAGACCCCGUCGUGGAUGCACUCGUUCACCGCCUGGCCCGCGCUCGCGGUGGCGUGGUGGCUCACGUUCUUCUCGCCCUGGGACCUGUGGCACGGCCGCGCCAUGAGCAACAAGGCCUGCAUGUUCUUGGCCGCGUUCGGGAGGGCCGUGUCGGCGUCGCACGCCAUCACGUCGUGGGGGGCGGACAAGGCUCUUACCGCACACUUCGAGAAGGCUAAGAUGUCUGCGAUCUGCACGAUCCUUUGCGGCACGCUGGCGGGCUGCGGCGGCGGCAUCCUGGCCGACCUCCUCAACCUGGACGGAGACAGCUGGAACCUUCAGAGAACCCCUCAGGCGCUAGCGUCGCCGUCUUUCUCCGUGCAGCGCUGCUUCGGGGCAUCCUGUCUCUACUACCUCCUCGCAGAUCCUCACGGGUAUCUCUCUGAAGAAGCGCCCUUCCCUCUGUCGUUGCUCGGCCGGCUUUCGGUGGACCACGGGAACGGACCGUCAACCGAAGCUGCCGCCAUGGUGGCCGUGUACGUCACGGCCAACCACCUGAUGGACUACUUUAUCCCUCGCUACAACCAAGACCCGCUGUGCAAGCUGUUCUCGGUAAUCCUCGGCCUGCUAGGAGUUCGCGCGAUGGUGGACCCUUCCGCCGCCGCCGCCACCGCGACCAGCUCCGACGCCAAGAAGACCAACUAAACUUGACGUUGGGGGCGUUUGGUUACAUCACCUUUUAGACAAUGGGGGUAUCGAGAGCUGGAGGUUCAUUUUUGGUGGCAUACGUGCUUGCUGCCAACACAAGGCAAUACGGCAGUAGCACUCCCUUCUUUUUUUUCUCGCGUGCUUGCGCUCUCCCGCGUCGGUUGCUAAUUAAUGCCGACCGCCGUUUUUAGACUAUAUACCCGCAACCGAUGCGGUGCAAUGCAAAUACAUGUACUGCCAACGGCACCAGAGACGCGAGGGCGGGGCGCACGCUUUUUUUCCCUUAGAUCAUUUUUAGAAGUUUAUUCUGCUGUGGUACAUCUUCCCCGUGGGGUGGAAUUGUUUUGUACCACAUAAAUCAGUGGGUGUGAAAAAGACAGCAAUCCUUGACAAAGGUUUGGGGAGAUUGAUUGUACCACCCGUUUUUUAUGAAGGUAGGCCAGUGUGUGCAGGCGUUUGCUCGUGCUUAACCAGGUUCUUAGGGGGUGCAGCGUGCCUUGUUAUAUGGUACUACAAGAACGACACGGUUGGCUUACCCGUCCCUCUUCUCUCUUCUAUAUUUGCGCGCUGGUUUAUUUGUGUGUGGGGGGGGGGCGUGAGCAGAGAAGAGGCGCCGGAUUCAUGUGUAGUCUAUCCAUGUUUUUUUUAUAAUCUGGUGCUGCGUCGACCGCUGCCUUUCGCGGCCAUGCACACCUUUUGAGUGAGGGACAUGCCGUAUGCUGCACUCAAUCAUUCGCGUUUCUGGGUUGUAGAGGUGUGCGCCCUACUAUUUCGUUGAGCACGUGCCUACCCUUGUUUAGCUGCACAAGAUGCAAAAGGUUUGAGACUCGUUCACCUCCACGACUCGAAACUUGGGUCGAGCCGGAGACGAGACGAGACGAGACGAGCUCACUCGUCGUAGGCUUAGGCUUCCUUCAAUACACCGAGUCUUGCAAAGGAAGGAGGGCGGGCGGUAUUCUCUUGUACCGAAAGAAUCAGUACACCGAUGUGAGAUUAGUAUUUUUUGGAAGUCGGUAGAUGUUGGCGAAGAUUUAGCGUCACAUGCGUUGCUUCAGGGCAAUGAUGAUGGGUUUGCAAAGCUUGCAGGGCACCGGAGGAAGCAGAGUGCUUGCGUAAACGCGUACAAAAAAGGUCGCGGCCACGGACGGGGCGGGGGCGAAAAGGCCGGCCGCAGGUGUGAUAAAGAUGAACCUUACAUAG